AUGGCUCCGCCAAGUGCUACAGGUGCAGCAACCGGCACUGAAGGGACAUCAAAUGGCAGCGCCAGCGUUCCUAAGCCGCGAUGCCUUCCCCCGGGCUUUACCGACUCCAGAUUCUCAGACUUCAUCUCACAGCUACAUUCGCUCGUGGGCAAGACCAACAUUGCGGUGAUCACUUCUGAAACCGUACUGGAUGAUGGCGACUACGAGACAAUCGACUGCUUGACACAUGAUAUGCACAAUUUCUACGACCACGAGGAGUUCAUUGCUUCUGCCCUCGUGCGCCCGCGGGAUGUCAAGGACGUUCAAGCCGUUGUCAAACUAUGCAACGACUUUGCUGCGCCGCUAUGGGUAUUCAGCAAGGGACACAACCUAGGCUAUGGCGGUGCGGCGCCUCGCGUCAGCGGCAGUCUCGUGAUGGACCUUGGCAAGCACAUGAACAAGGUGCUCGAGGUCAAUGCUGUGGAUUGUUACUGCCUCCUCGAGCCUGGCGUCUCAUACCUCCAGCUGCAAAAGUACCUCCGCGACAACAAACUCGACGAUAAGGUCAUGAUGGACGCACCCGAGCUGGGAUAUGGCUCCGUGAUUGGUAACGCUCUUGACCACGGAGUCGGGUUCACGCCUUAUGGCGACCACUGGAUGAUGCAUUGCGGGAUGGAGAUUGUCCUCCCCACCGGGGAUAUCGUCCGGACCGGCAUGGGCGCCAUGUCCAGCCCCGAGGGGCGGGAACAGGCGAAGCAAGGUGUGCACCCAGCGGACCAGAAGCCGAAUGAAUGUUGGCAGCUCUUCCCUUACGGCUUCGGUCCGGUCAAUGAUGGUAUCUUUUCACAAGCCGGAAACGGCAUCGUUACGAAGAUGGGCAUGUGGCUGAUGCCGCGUCCGCCGGGGAUGGAGGCGUUUAUGGUCACGUACGAGAAGGACGAGGACCUUCCGCAAAUCAUCGACAUAAUCGGCCCGCUUCGUGUGAACAUGAUUCUGCAGAACGCCGCUGCGUUAAGGCAUGUCGGCCUGGAUCUGGCACAUUACAAUCCCCGGUCGCAUUACACCGACAAAGCUCUGAAUGAGCCCAUGACAGACGAGGACCUGAAUCGGGGGGCGAAGGAGCUCGAUCUGGGCCGAUGGGUCUACAUUGGCGCUGUAUAUGGCCCUCCAGUCAUCCGCGAAGCCCAUCUGAAAAUCAUCAAGCAGGAAAUGUUGAAGGUGCCAGGGAGUAAAUUCUACCUCGAAAAGGAUCGCCCGGAGAAGCUUGGCACCCUAGAAUGUCGCGCCGAGACAAUGCGAGGCGUGGCAAACAUGGAUGAGCUGAUGUGGCUCAACACAUGGAUUCCAAAUUGCUCUUUCAUGUCACUCGCGCCGAUAUCGAAAGUCUCUGGCGAAUCGGCUUUGGCGCAGUACACACUGGCGAAGAAGAGGUUUGACGAGGCCAAAAUGGAUUACAUGGGUAUCUUCAGCAUCGGCAUGAGGGAGAUGCAUAACGUUAUCUGCAUCGUUUUUGACCGCAAGGAUGCCGAUACGCGUCGUCGCGUACAAUGGCUCGUCCGCACGAUAAUCAAGGAUUGGGCAGAGAACGGCUGGGGCGAGUUUCGAACGCACAUUGGCAUGAUGGACCAGGUGGCAAUGACCUACGAUUUCAAUGACCAUGCACUCAUGAAGCUGAACGAGAAAAUCAAGAAUGCUCUCGACCCGAACGGCAUCUUGGCCCCAGGUAAGAGCGGAGUCUGGCCACAACAGUACGACAAGAAGAAGUGGAUGUUGGGCGAGGAUUACAUCAAAUAG